AUGGCCCACCCGUACGAGCCCUGGCUCAGAACAGCGCCGCCCGGUGGCAGCUCCGACGACAUGAACAUUCCCUCCUGGUGGGACCUCCACACCGGACCGGGCAGCUGGAUGGACCUGCAGGCCGGCCAGGGCGUGGGUCUCCCCUCCGUGGGCACGGGGGUCUCCAUGGGACUCCAGUCCUCCCUGGGGCACUACGGCUCCGAGCCCCAGCUGUGUACCCUGCCCCCGGCUCAGCUCGACCCGGGCUGCCACUCGGCCCACCUCUUCCAGCAGGACGGCUUCAAGAUGGAGCCCCUGGGCCAGGAGAUGAUGCAACAGGAGCGCUUCUCCCUGGAGGAACCUCAGGACAAUGCGGGCGCCGCCCGACCCAAGGCCCAGCGCCGCGCCUCCUCCAGAGGCGCCGGCCAGGCGGUCUGCCGGUGCCCCAACUGCGUUCACGCCGAGCAGAUGGGCCAGAGCACCGACGACGGCCGGAGGAAGCACAUGCACAACUGCCACAUACCUGGCUGCGGCAAGGCCUACGCCAAAACCUCCCACCUGAAGGCCCACCUCCGCUGGCACAGCGGGGACCGCCCGUUCGUCUGCAACUGGCUCUUCUGCGGCAAAAGGUUCACCCGCUCGGAUGAACUCCAGCGCCACCUACAGACACACACCGGCGCCAAGAAGUUCAGCUGCGCGCUGUGCCCCAGGGUGUUCAUGCGGAACGACCACCUGGCCAAGCACAUGCGCACGCACGAGUCCUCACCGGGGCAGGGGGAAGAGAGGGUGAACGGAGAAGGUAGGAUGGAGAAGGGCCUGGAUACCCCGACGCCCCCUCAGCCCUCCUCCCACGCGCCUGCGGCCGACGCGGCGGAGCAGCCCGCCAAGAUGAAGUGUGAGACUGAUCCCGUGGUCUCAAACUGAACAGGAUCGUCCGGCUAACUACAUCAUUGCAUUUUUAAAGAAUUGAAUUAUCAUUCGACUGUUACUUCUCUUUAUGUCUGACAAAGGCCUUUGCUGUCGUGGCAUCUGUGCCAUCUGAUUAUCCCUCCUGCUCUUUAGUCAGAAAUUAAUUCAUUCGAAGACUAUUCCCAUAGCUAGAGGUUUGUUAGAGACACUCUCGGAAAAAAAAUAUAAUUAUUAUAAUCAACGGACAGAGGAAUUAGAAAAUGUUUACAUAUGUUAUGUGCAAGGUCGGCAAAGGUCUGUUAACAGAUGGUUUCAUUCGAAUGAGCCAUUGACCAUGGCUUUGUAGACACAGUGAAUCUAGACAAGAUGUCAGACUCGACAGGCGCGCCUUCUUCUAUCUAGUCCAAAUGAAGUGCCUUUCCACGCUGGAGCCAACCCAUGUCCCUAGGACUUCCACUGCUGCUGUUAUCAAUAGAACAUAUAUUAAGACUUGGAAUAAUUUAACCUGAGGGGGAUUUGGUGAUGUGUGUGUUCAGUGAAAAUAGGUAACCAACACUGUUACUUGAGCAAAUAUGAACAGUGCAUUAUGGCCGAUGCACGGUUCUUAUAUAUUUCAUGUUACAAAUUUUAGCAGCAUUUAUGUCAGGGCGGAUAAUUCGUUUCUUGUGAGCAUUAAACAACCAGUUACUACAUUACUGUAGUUACUGCAUCUUUUAAUUGUACGACACUGGAUAUUGGAAAAUAACUUUAAUGAAGUUUAAUUAGCCAUUUUAUAUUGUUCCACUAUAUGUAAUACAUUCAGGCAUUGUAUCUUUAUGCAGUGAAAUGGCAUUUGAGAAGAAAACAUGUUUGCAGUGCAAUGGCAACAUCCUGUUGCCAUAGCAAACUAAAUAUGAGAAUUUAUAUAAUGUUACUGGAAUUUAAAAUGCAUAGAACAUGCAAUUUUAUUUCAGUUGAAAUGCUGAACAUGUUUUUUUUUUUAACCAAAAAUAUAAAUGAAUGAAAAUGACUGAAUUAAACCACUUUUGUUUUCGGUUAUUAUUAAUUUUACCGGACAAUUUUGUGUUUAAUGAUCUUCUCCAGGAUACAUCUUAUUUAUAUGUCAAUUAUAAAUAUGUCAUAAUGUCAAUUAAUAUCUAUAAUCCUCUUUGUGAAUGAUAGUCUUUUGACUCUGCCGAGUCCAUUUAAAGGAAUUCAAAAUACCACUGAAGAAUGUCAUCAACACUAUGUGAAUUCAACAUGAAACCAUAAUAGUUCAAGGAUAUUGAUAAUGAACAUUGUCUGAAUAAAGAAUACUUAAGAGGGAAUUAAACUACUUAACCACUACAACACUAAUAGCAUUUGAUCAGUUGAUUGCUUUAUAGGCACCAUAGUUGCGUAGCAGAAAAUGCAAGCAUCUUUACAGGUUUAAUAGUAUUAGGACAUAUGUAAACAAAGAAAGACUUAACAAUGACAAUAAUACCGUUUGAAUUAGGGAAUGAUACAUGUUAGACGCUCUAUUUUACUGAACUUAAUUAAUAGAAACUAAGGAAUGAGAGCAAAGUAGUUCAUAUUUGUCAAUUGUUUACCAUUGUAAUAUCUAUUGUUAUCAUAGGCUAAUGUUUUUCUUCCCUUGAUGUUUGUCAAAGAACAAUAUUAGAAUUGAUCUCUGUUUGCUUCGGGGUAUUUUUUAGAUAUUUUAGAUAUUUUAAUAAAUA